AUGGUUGAGCAUGCAGCGUUUGUGAUCCUGCUUGCGAAGUCUCGGUAUACUGGCAAACACCUAGUCAUGUACAACGACUACACGUACUACUGUAAGAAGCAAUGCAAGAAGACCAGAUACUUCCAUUGGUACUGCUCCACACAUAACUGUAGGGGUUGCAACGCCAAACUGAAGUUGGACGAGAAUUUUGCUAUCAUCGACCAUGAGAACAAACACACUCAUCCCCCUGCUAAGUAUCUGAUUCACGAGGGGCAGUAUAUUAAAGUAUAGUGGUUAAUUGUAUUUAAUCGGCAUUGCUAUUUGAACCUGUGAUCGCCUGAAAGCCACCAUAUAAAAAAAGUUUUUACUAAGCUUUGUGCGCGUGGCUUUCGGUGCAUCAUGGAAAGACUUUAUCGAGCGCCUUGCGAUCAUCAUAAGAUCCAUGGCGCAGUUACACACUUGAUCAAGACAUAUUUUAUAGUGUAAACACGCACUUCAGUUAAUUUCGCCGUGUGUCGACUUCGGUGAUCGUGCUCUGGGUCAUAGUGUAACUGCGUCAUUAUGGUCCAAAAAUGUUGUUAUCAAAAUUAUUCCAACAUACUUUUUAUUUCUAAGAACGCGCGAUAAAGUCUUAAAAAAAAGCCUUCCUGAUUAAAGGUC